AUGUUUUCAGAUGUUAAACUGGAUAUUCAAGAAGCUGAAGCGAAGUUGCGAUCCGUUCAGAGGUGUACAUUUCAACUAGAACGUCAGUUAAUAGCCGCACGUGAUAUAGCCACCCGGGAUGAACUGGAUUCUUUAGUGCAUGAACUGAAAGCAAACUACCAGUGGUUCACCGAACCGGUCAUAGCCCCGGAUGUCGGAUUUUCGUCCUCUCACUUUGGUGGGGAAACACGUCCGCCACGAGAAGGCAGCGAUUCGGCGUCCGAAGCUCGCGGUGUUGUGAUUGCUCUACGGCUGGACGCGCGCUCCUUGACAGGAUUUUAG